AUGCGUCUGCUCAAUACAAAAGAACUGGACGCUGGCGGGUUUGAGCUGAAAGAAUUCGGCCAGGAAAAUGUCCCGCCCUAUGCCAUCUUGUCGCACACUUGGGGUGAAGAAGAAGUUACCUUCCAGGACAUGACGCUUGGUCGCUUCGCAAACAAGAAAGGCUACGACAAGAUCAAAGGAUGUUGUAUUCUAGCAAGGGCAAACGGAUAUGACUAUGCUUGGGUGGACACGUGUUGCAUCGACAAGACAAGCAGCGCUGAGCUAUCCGAAGCAAUCAACUCCAUGUACCAGUGGUACGUAGAAGCCGAUGUCUGCUACGGCUUUCUCGCAGAUGUGCCGUCCAAGGUUGCGUUUUCGGACAGCAGGUGGUUUACCAGAGGGUGGACUCUUCAAGAGUUGAUUGCGCCAGAGACGAUGAUAUUCCUAGACGAAGCAUGGAACGAGCUAGGCACCAGGGAAAGCCUGAAACAAGAAAUUUUCAAUCGCACCGGCAUACCUAUGAGCGUUCUCUCUGGUUCCAGUCUUGAGAGCGUAAGUAUUGCCCAAAAAAUGUCAUGGGCCGCCUCGAGGCAAACAUCGCGGUCUGAAGACCGAGCCUACUGUCUAAUGGGCAUAUUCGGUAUCAACAUGCCGCUGCUAUAUGGCGAAGGUGAAAGAGCUUUUAUGAGACUUCAAGAGGAGAUUAUGAAAGUAACAGACGACGACAGCAUUUUCGCCUGGAGAUCCAAAACCCAGAACCACGGCUCGCUGUUGGCAACAUCUCCAGACGCAUUCGAACAUGCCGGAAACGUAGUCCGCACGCGCACUGCUUGGCUUCCCGACAGCAAGCCCUUGACAGUGAGCAACAAGGGGAUUCGGGUGGAACUAUCCUAUAUGGGAGUAGGGCACCAAGGAUUGGGGCUCGCCAUACUUCAUUGUGCAGAGCGCAAGAGAAAGGGGCGCGCAUUUAUUGCAAUAUACCUCAAGGACGUGUCUCUCACCAUGGAGAAUUUUGAAAGGGUUUGGUGCGAGCGGUACGAGCUGUUUGAUCCUAUGCCAUUUCGACCAAGCCAACGCCCUCAAAGAUGGAUCAACGUCCGGCAACAUCGUCCCAUGGCGAUGCGAUCACGAAAUCGCCACCAGAAGGGGAAUCCUAGUUUUGCGGCGCCAGGGGAAAAUCUACUAACGCCCCGAGAUGACCCUGACUGGGGUCUGUUCGAUGCAACGAUAAACUUUGCCAAUGGCGCUUCAAUACCACCGCCAGUGAAUUGGAUCGAAGGAGAGCAACCUUCACUCCUCGAUAUGGCAAAGAAAGGGCACGUAAUGGAGACGCAAUGGCUACUUGCGGAGCGGUCCACCAAGCCCGAUCAGAAAGAUGGGAGUGGACGAACUGCUCUGUCUCAUGCAGCGGCUAGUGGUCAUGCCAAGAUAGUAUGGUUUCUCCUAAUGCGGCGUGAUGUUAAGCCAGACGAAAAGGAUUCAAAUGGACGGACGCCUUUAUCUUAUGCAGCUAAAGAGGGUCAUGCUGAAGUUGUCUGGCUUCUGUUGACCCGAGGCGACAUCGACAUCCACUCAAAGGAUCAUAAAGGGCAGACACCGCUCUUCCAUGCCGCAGCAAACGGGCGCAAAACCAUCAUAUCGAUGCUACUAGCUCGUGGCGAGUCUCAACAUCAUUUGAGAGAUGACUUUGGGCGGACGCCGCUCUCGUAUGCCUCAGAAGGAGGACACGAAACCGCGGUGGAGAUGUUCCUAGACCGAAGUGACAUGGAUGCGGAUUCAAAAGAUGACGAAGGACUAACCCCUCUCUCCUAUGCCGCCUUCAACGGACACUAUUCGGUCACUCUCAUGUUGAUUGAGCAGGGAGCUGAUAUCGACUCACUAGAUAAAUGGGGUCAGACACCGCUGUGGUGGGCAACUCACAAGGGCCAUGCAAAGGUUGUCGAGCUACUUCUCAGCAACGGAGCUAAUAUGGAAAUAAAGGGCAGGGAUGGCUGCACGCCGCUUUUAUCCGCAGUUUCCAGCGGACAAGAGGAAAUUUUCCAGCUACUACUCGACAAGGGCGCCGAGAUAGAAACAUUUAAUAGCUAUGCCGAAACACCUCUGCUCAGGGCCACCAUGGAUGGGCACGAAGGUAUGGUCAAGGCACUGGUAGACAAGGGCGCUAACAUCGAAAUACCAGCUCCGGGCUGGUUGACGCCGCUGCUUAUAGCCACCAAGAACGGACACGAGGCCAUAGUCAAGAUACUGGUUGAGAAAGGCGCCGAUCUCGAAUAA